UUACAGCUGCAGCUUUAAAAACAUUUGUUGUUUUUACAUAGACUGAAAUUAUGUCAGAAGAACAGAGCUUGGUAUUUUCUUCCUUUACUCUGAUGAUAAUUCUGCUCAUUCUACAGUUUGUUUGGUCCAGUUUAAACUCAAAUGUUUGUGAACUCCUUAAGUCCUGGGUUGUUUUUUUUUAAGUCUUAACAAAAUCACAUGGGCUAACCUGAUAUGUUGACCUAACCUGGUUAACCUAAACUGUUUAUUUUUUGUCAUCUUUCACCUACUUUAACCCUGUGUCGUUUUUGCUCUGAGUGAAUCCCAACACCGGUGCUCAGCUGAUCUUCUCUUCAGAGGAUCUCAGAGCAGCUGAGCUCAUUACUGAGGUCACGGGCCACAGAUGAAGGAGGAAGAUUUACUGGGGGAAAGUGGGACGACAGUCUCACUGCCGUUGCUCACAUGAGAGCACAUGCAAACCAACCAGUGUCACCUUAUUCUCAUUUUCUACUCAGGAACAAUUUACAUCACGGGGCAAAGGCGCCCUCUGGCGUCAUUGUUUUGGAACAUCAACUAAGGACCUACUGAGUUAUAAUGUCCUCCGCUGUUUCCCGUCUUGUGAUCUGGGAGUCUGAGGGACUGCAGGCCUACCUCCACCCUCGGCCCUGGACCCCAGGGUCUGUUAUCCUGGAACGCAGCUCUCAUGGAAGCCCUGGAGGAAGCAUCUUCCACCUGCCGGAACCAGAGUACCUGUCGUGGCUGCUGGGGGCCAGAGCUGUGGCAGAGUUGCUGUGUGACAGGUUAGGGGUUCGGAGAUGUGCGCUUGUCAGCAGACCCCACAGUGACAGACCUACUCAGAUCCUUGUCCUCCCUUUACAUGGUCUCGAUGCAGAGUGGCGCCCUCACCUGGCAGUAGAGGAAGAGCACAAUCCCUGUGACCCAGGGUACUGCACCUCCAAGUCUGCGCCAAAAUGGAGUGACUCCAGUUUGACUGAGAUUCAAACCAAGAUUCGAGCCAAACUUCCAUCUCCCGAUGCUCCUCCUAGUCUGACAUUCUUGGGGGACGACCCUGCACACCCAGGCCUCUUCUCACGCAUCGUUCGUGGGGAGGAGCAGCAGUGGCGAGUGUGGGAAGACGAGGCACACGUGGCCUUCCUCACACCUUUUCCUAACUCCCCUGGCUUAACUGUGGUGGUUCCACGUCGACCUAUGACCUCUGAUAUAUUCAGACUUGAGAAGUUUGAUUAUGAAGGCCUGGUUCUGGCAACAAAGAACGUGGCACAGCUUCUCGAGAAGGCGUUAGGUGCCUCAGGAGUGGGGCUUAUUUUUGAGGGUUUUGAGAUCGACUACGCUCACGCCAAGCUGAUACCUUUACAUCCACCCGCAGCAUCGGAAUCAGGAGCUAUUAACAGCAAACUUAGGAUGCCCCAAUUUUACCCCAUAUACCCCGGAUAUGUGACCUCAGAGGACGGACCAGAAGCCAGUUUGGAGAGUCUAAAGGAGGUUUACAACAAAAUGACUUGAGUUGGUGGAAGUUCACAACAGUUGCCUUUUGUUAAAACACUAGAUCUGUGAGGGUUUUCAUAAAUAGUGUUUAAAAAAUUACAUUUUUACUAAAAUCAAACACAGUAUGAUUUCAAUGACAAUGAUUUCAAAACUUACAUUUUUUUCCUACAGUAAGAAGAAGUGGAAAAAUAGUGAACAAUUUCAAAAUUACAAUAAUGAUUGUUUAAUAUUUCUAGAUAUUUUGGUUAAUGUUUAGUCAUCCUACCUAUCAACAACUGGAUAGAUUUCAAGUCUAUUAAUUUACUCUUUGAUAUGAAAUUAUUAUUUGAUAAUUAAAAAAAAAUAAACAGCAUAUGUUAAAUUAAAUGAUCUUUGUUUGUUUUAAAUUAUUAUUUUGAAAACAUCAUUUCAUAAUGACACCAAUAUGUUCUAAAUGAUCAUUUAUAUUAUUAUAUUUCCUGUGGAAACUUAAUUGUAUCUCACUGUGUACUACACUGUGUACUACUUUAUGGCUGAAAUGAAGAUAAAAAGCACUUGAACUUGAACAUGUAGUUAUGUUCUUUUUCCUGCUUAAAAUUUCAGAAAAACAAUUGGCUAUGUCAACCACAACCACAAAAGAACAUACUAUAUUAAUAUGUUUCUGAAAAUGUCUGAAAAGUUUACCAGAAGUUAAAAAAAAUGCACCAAUUUGUCUUAAAAAAAUAUUUUUUGGUAUA